GUUUCCCUGGGGGAAUGCAGCUCAAGGAAGAAUGAGAAGUUGGCCAUGGGCAUGGCUGUCCCUGUCAUUAGAGUGCUGAGGUGGCUAGGGGCUUUUGCCCUGAUCCUCAGUUAAUGGAAGUGGCUUCGUAUAUGCUCUGUCCCUUGCCCUCUUGGGUCUCUGGGACAGGAGCCAGUUCUGGAAUCCACUCCAUGGAAGGGGUGGUUCCCAUGGUGGCCCAGCCCCUUCCUGGUCCAGGGCCUCAAAUACCUGAGUGCUUUGAAGUCAGAGCUGGUAGGUCCAAGACUGCAGUUCAUCUUGGCCAUAUUAGGCCCUCAGUCUGCACUGCAUCUCAGUGACUCGGGACCUUUGAGUUUCUGACUUUAUUCACAAUCCAGGUAAGUCCAAGGGGCUGGGCUAGAGGCUACAUGGGAAUAGAAUCUUUCCAUCCUUGCAAUGACAUCACUGCCCCAUAUACACUGGAGAAACAUGGAGUGUGUCAGGAUGCAGGCCAACUCUGGGUACCAGAUCUAGCUGGUCUACAGGCAUGCUAUGACCUGGUAUGGGUUGGUGUUACUCUGGGACAUUACUGUCUUCAGGUUUUCUGCUUUGCCAUGGGUUGGCCCUGGGCCCCGCUGACGGCAUUUUGGGCCCUGGGGAUCGUGGGGGCCACAGCACUGCGUAUCGGAGCCUUCAAUGUUCAGAGCUUUGGAGACCAUAAAGCGUCAGAUCCAGACUGUGGCAGCGUCAUAGCACAGAUUCUGGCUGGCUAUGACAUCGCCCUGGUGCAAGAAGUGCGAGACCCAGACCUAAGUGCAGUGUCCUUGCUCAUGGAGCAAAUUAACAGCGUGUCGAAGCACGAGUACGGUUUUGUGAGCAGCAAGCCACUUGGACGUGACCAGUAUAAGGAAAUGUAUCUAUUUGUCUACAGGAAAGAUGUAGUGUCAGUGGUGAGCACGUACCAGUAUCCAGACCCAGAAGAUGCUUUCAGCCGGGAGCCUUUUGUGGUCAAAUUCUCAGCUCCUGGCUGUGGUGAGCUCAUACCGCCCCCCCCUCCCUCUUACAGGCUUUCCUUGACUCUCACAUCCCCACUUUCCACAGCCGCCAAGGAGCUAGUGCUGAUCCCCCUCCAUGCAGCGCCAAACCAGGCGGUGGCGGAGAUCGAUGCGCUCUACGACGUGUACCUCGAUGUGAUUGACAAGUGGAACACGGAUGACAUGCUGUUUCUGGGUGACUUUAAUGCUGAUUGCAAGUACGUGAAGGCGCAUGACUGGCCUUCGAUCCGUCUCCGGAGCAGCCAAGUGUUUAAGUGGCUCAUCCCAGACAGUGCGGACACCACAGUGGGCAACUCAGACUGCGCCUAUGACCGGAUUGUAGUGAGUGGCGCCCACAUGCGCAAGAGCGUGAAGCCCCAGUCAGCCUCAGUUCACAACUUUCAGGAGGAAUUUGACCUAGAUCAGACCCAGGUGAGUGUGGACAUGGCUCCAGCAGACACACUGGCCAGCCCCGGCCCUCAGGAGCGGGCUCACAGAAACGCUCGCUUGCUGUGAGUUUACGCGAGUGCUCACUCUAGCAAAAGCACUCAUAGCCAAGGAUCCUUAGAGUGCCAAGCCCCACACUUCUGUUCUCUGCCACAUGGAGGCAGUCUGAGGCCCAAGAGUGACCACCAGGCCUCACUGCCUCCUUUUGCGGGAAGGGGAGCAGCUAGAGGACAUGCUGCCCUGCUGAACUGCUGAGGCUCUCCCUCUCUUCUUCCAGGCUCUUGCCAUCAGCGACCAUUUUCCUGUGGAAGUGACUUUCAAGCCUCACUGACAGCCAAGGCCUCAGGAUAUGCCACCUGCGAACUAUGACCAAAAGGAAUGGCACCAUAAUGAAUCAUUCAGGGUGGCAGGCCACCCACCCAUUGAAGAUACAGGGUAGAACCAGCUAGUGUGGACAACAGCUAUGAACACAUUACAGGAUUCCUUAAGGCUCCCGUUUCCUCAUCUGCAAGGUGGACUAAUACCUCCUACCUCAUCGGGCUGCUGUGAGAACCCAGGAAGGGACCAGAGCAUUGAGUGCCGAGUGCACAGCUGCAUGCUUAAUAAACAAGCCGCUCUCAGCCAGGACUGCCCACAGGUCAGAUGAGGCCUCUAUGCGUCGAGACCUCUGUACCUAGGCUGCAGAGCUUGAUCUUAAUGUUCA